AGGUGGACCGGACGCGGCGGAGCUAACCAGAGCGGCAGUGCGGGCGGCCCCCGGGCCCCCACCCCUUCCACGCAGGGCUCGCUACGGGCGCGCAAGGGGAAGGCGCGGGCGGCGGGGUCAGCUGCGUCCCGGGCUCGGUCACCGCUGUCUGCGUGUCUGGAAGCACCGGGAGCGUCGCGGUGCGCAGUCCGAGGUCGGCCACCAUGGAGGCGCAGGCACAAGGGUUGUUGGAGACGGAACCAUUGCAAGGGCGAGAUGAAGACGCAGUAGCCAGUGCGGACUUCUCUAGCAUGCUGUCUGAGGAGGAAAAAGAAGAGUUAAAGGCAGAAUUAGUUCAGCUAGAAGACGAAAUUACAACAUUACGGCAAGUUUUAUCAGCAAAAGAAAGGCAUCUGGUUGAAAUAAAACAAAAGCUGGGCAUGAACCUGAUGAAUGAAUUAAAACAGAACUUCAGCAAAAGCUGGCAUGACGUGCAGACCUCUACUGCCUACAAGAAAACACAUGAAACCCUGAGUCACGCAGGGCAGAAGGCAACUGCGGCUUUCAGCAAUGUUGGGACGGCCAUCAGCAAGAAGUUUGGAGACAUGAGGUCUCACUCCAUCGGCUACUCCAUUCGCCAUUCCAUAAGUAUGCCUGCUAUGAGGAAUUCUCCUACUUUCAAAUCAUUUGAGGAGAGGGUUGAGACAACUGUCACAAGCCUUAAGGUUUUCUUUAGAAGAAGGAGAUAUGAAGAAGCAAAAGAAGAAUAAAGAACAACCUAUUUCCAUUUGCUUUUAGGAAACUCUGGUAAGCUCGCAGCUCACAUAUCAUUUGUUUGGUCCACACUCCGAGCUUCUCACUUUUCUCACUUCAUGGGGAUGGAAAGUGGAGAGCCUGCCUCCUCCUUCAGACAAGCACAGAACUAACUCAGCCGACUAGAUACUAGCCUGUGUCAAGACUUUCUUAAAGUGGAUUCUGUGUCUGCAUGAUUGUCCCCGGGUUUAACAAGACUCACAUGCCACCCACUUCCUAUGUCACAGUCAGUGCCUACUUCCUCUUUUUCUGCCCACCCAGGCAAUGGAGAAUAAGCAGCUAAUAAUUGUGCUUUGUGUAAAACUUCCCACUCAUAUUCAGUAAUUGCAAAUUGCUCAUUCUUUUUUUCCUCCAGACUAAAUAAUACAGGUUUAACCCUUCUUUAUCUAGUUUCUUUGCUGUAUAGUUUACUUUUGUGUUCUAGAUUUUCUUCAAAACUUCUGUAACUUUCUUCAGUUAUGGAUCGUGAGGCUGUUUCAGCUGACUCACAAAUCAGUAAGGAUGAAUCAGUAAGGGCAUUCCUUGCAGGUUUAUAGUCUGCAGUUUCAUUCACACACAGUGCUUUGGGCUUGAUUUGUAAAACACCACACGAAAGGAGUCAUGUUCAUGUUUGUGUUCUGUUAGAAAUAAUGUUCUGCUGUGAAGAGAGGUCCGUUCUUGCAUCUUCCAGCACAAUCUGUCACACACCAGGUGGCAUUUGUAUCCAAUUGAUUGUUCUUCCCUUUUUUUUUUUUACCAAGUUCUGUAGAUAGUUUGAUUUUCCAUGAAAAUUUUCCCAAUGCCUCAUAAUUAUGUAAAAUUUAGUCCUUUUUGCCUACAUCAUUGAUGGCAUUACUUGAUGACAUAUCAGCUGAUCUCACCUGUACACUUUGUAUUUCAUCUAAAACAAACAAGCAAGCAGACCAAAACCCAGCUCCUGUGAAAUCAUAUUUGUUAUAUUCUGCCAUGUUCCAGUGAAUAAGCACAUCCCUUCCAACCAUUCUAAUCACGUAGCCUUCCAAUCAUUCUUCAAACUAUGUCAACCACACCAUAUUUUUAGCACGCCUCUUUUUGAUGAAUACAUUGCAUGGCCUGAUUUAAAACCUUAAAAAAAAAAGGCAACAUAUACUUAUUACUUCUUGGUGUCCUCUUAACCAGCCAUUUUAUUAUUAGAGAUUAGGAGGCCCAACACCAUAAUUCAAAUAGAAUUGUAUGCAAACAGCAAUCAUAGUUUUGGGGACAAAGUGACAAAUGCUUGGAUUAAGAGUCCAGAAGACGUUUAUUGUUCACAUCUUUGCUGAAGCAACUCCUCACCUAAAGUAUUGCUGUGUGCACUCAUUCAACCCACAUGGUUAGGACACCCCUUUAUUCCACUCAACCCACAUGGUUAGAAAACCCCUUUAUUUCAUUCCCCUUUUUGCCAAAUUUGCUUUAUUUCAAAACGAUUCCCUCCUUUAUUUUUCUAUUUUGAUUUGAGAAUAUCAAGAAGAGAGGAGAGGAGAGGAGAGGAGAGCAGAGGAGAGGAGAGGAGAGGAGAGGAGAGGAGAGGAGAGAAUGCAACAAAACCCAACAGAAAAUAUCAGUACUUGGUAUUCACCUGAUUCAAAACUGUGUGUGACUUCUGUUGCAAAACUGAAUACAAAUACAAUAAAGAGGAGAAUGGGAACUAUUAAGAGAGUAGAUUACUCUUGUUUCUCUCUGGAAAGAAAUAAACAUAGUGAAAAAGUACCAAGUUGAAAGAACGCCUGCUUCUUCCCAGUGCUGAGAUGACCCAGAGUGGGGGAGGAAUCCAUGCUCAGUGCCAGAGGUCUGCAAAUGAAGGCCUGUGGGCCAAAUCCAACUGGUUGCCUAUUUUUGAAUGGCCUGUAAGCUAAGAAUGGUUUUUAUCUUUCUUAAUGGUUGAAAAAAAUCAAAGGAAGAAUGCUAUUUUGUGAUGUGUUAAAAUUACAUGAAAUUCACAUUUCAGUGUCCAUACAUACAGUUUUCUGGGAAAGCAGCCAUGCUCAUUCAUUUAUGUGUUGUUUUUGGCUGCUUUGUACAAUGGUUGAUUUGAGUAUUUGUGACAGAGACGAUGUGAUUCCUAAGCUUGAAAUAUUUAUUAUCUGUCACUUUCUGGAAUGAGUUUUCUGACCCCAAGCGUGGUGGUAAAUUCAACUUAGGAACUGAAUUUAAAGAGGCAGAGAGGGAUUUUAGUGACAAUUGGAGAAAAGUGUGUGCUUGUUCUGCAAUGAUUAAGCAGCUUUUAAAACCUGGUUAAGUUUUUUAAAGGGCAGACCAGGCAGGAAGCGGAUACAUCCCCCAGUGUGGCUUAUGUUCCUGUGAGUGAGUGAUCACUUUGGUGGCAGUGAGGAGUAGUCAGCAUUUUGGGAAAAGCAACAUUUUCUAUUCUGUACCUUUCUUUUCUUAACGUGUUUUUCCAUAUUGUUAAUAAAGGAAACAAUGUGACCAUCAAUAAGGCUUGCAUUAAGCAUUAAAUAUUCUUUCAAAGGACUUUUUAUGAGGAAUUUUUCAAAAUACUUUAACCAUAUUUCUUGUAAAUUGAUUUCUUCCUGUGUCUAUUCUUAUUACCAGUAACAAGUACAUGAAAAGGGAGCCUCCUAAAGCAUCAUAACUUUGCAUUUCAAGGGAUAUUCCUCCUAUAAGGGCAACUGCCUAGAAAGAUGUGAAGGGGCCAGUCCUGUCUACCUCUCAGAGCAGAGACCAGAAAGCAUGUUCAAUGCAGCCGUUUUUCAAAACACAUUUGUCAGGAGUCCAGAUCGCCUUGCUAAAUCCCAGUAGAAAUCCUAAACUGAAGUCACUUAAAGAUGUUCAUACAUUUUUUUUUGUUGUUCAUACAUUUUUUUAAUUGAGGGAAUUUAUCUAAAAUCCGGUUACAUUUUGAUUACAUCUGUUCUCAGGGUGAAUGUGUAGACAGUGUAAAUCCACAGAUCUGGAUAUGCUCCUGAAGGGAUUGAGAUUCUUAGAUGUAGACGGGAUAAAGAGGGCACUGCUAAAAUUGUACAAAAUUGUGGAGUUUUGGAUCCUAUCCCAGAACCCAAGUAUAAAUGGCAUUCUAGCACUCUUAAAGGAAAUUACUCUACACCCUUUACGUCCCUUCGCAAGAAAAAAAUGUAUUUCUGAGCUUGAGAGUAAUCCGUCUUACAGGAACAUUGCAGACCCGAUGAACUAACGGCACGCUUGCGUCUCUGCCCAUUUCAGACGAAAGUAGGCGGGGCGAACCACGGCGGAGGCAGCUUUGAAGAGGUGCUCAGCUCCACGGCGCACGCCAGCGCGCAGAGCUCGGGGGGCGGGCCCCGGCGGGCCGAGGAGGAGGAGCUGCAGUGCUAGGGCCGCCCCCUGCAGCCGCCGCCGAGCCCCGCCCCCGCCCAGCGCGCCCUCGGAUGCGGCGACCAAACACCCACUGCGAAAAACCCAGGCCUUGACCUGUUCUUCGAAUGGCCCCACCGCGGAGUUUCAUAAAAUGAUUUCCAUUUUGUAUGUGUGCUAAUGAUGAACCACUUGACCAUCACACUUAAGUAUUCGUAGAUUGUCAUAAUUUAAAAUAUCCCCACUUCAGCAGGUACACAAUUGGCCAUACCUUUGUCUUUGUGUAAUUCAACGUGUAUUUCCCGUAGCUAUUAAUGACCUGCUUUGAUUUUUGCUUGGACUUAUGAUGUGCAUGUUUUUGAAGGCUGAGGGUGAGCACCCCCUUUCAGUUCAGUCACAUGGGCGGAAUGGAGCUCUUUCUGAGAAGUCUGCAGCAACAGGAUGGACUCACUGCAAGUUUCAUCAAACUGCUUGUGAUCGCCCUCACUUGCAUCAAUUAUGUAUGUUUAUUUAAGCAAUUAAAAUCGAUUUUAAUGAUGA